AUGGCGAAGGUUUUGUUUUCCGAUCUCAAGACUGGGCGGUGCUCAUCUGUUGUGGAGGCGAGACUGCUUCGAUUCUGGGAGGCUAGGAACGUUAAGCGUGGUGGAGAGCUAAUGUGGAUGGAUCUGCUCAUGGUUGAUAUCAACUCGACUGUGAUGCAAGUCACGAUCAGUGCUGGCCGUCUCCCACAGUUCCGGGAAAUGCUCUGUGCCGGGACAAUGUUUUCCGUGUCCGGUUUUGAUGUCUCCAGAUGCGCGCAGAAUUUUCGGCUCACUGAUUCGUCUUUGAUGAUCCGGUUCAACGAGUCCACUUCAUUCCAGGAGUUGACCGAACCUGGCUCUCCCUUGCCAGAUGAAGCAUUCCGGUUCCGCACCCAUUCGGAGCUGAUUGGUCUUGCCAAUACUAACACUCAGCUACCAGACAUCAUAGGUGAGAUAUUGAGUGUGAAGAGCACGGUUUGCGAUCCUCCAGAGGAGAAGAAUCGUGUUAUGGUGACUCUGAAGCUGGAUAGGUGA